GGCGCGUGCGCACCACCCAGUCGGCGCUCACGUGCUCCUCGCGCUCGCGCCAGCAGCCUGAGCAGUGUCCACGAGCGUCUUGAGCGCGGGUCUUCCUGGCGGCAACAUGGCGACAGAGUUCCACAACCUUCAGGACCUGAGGCGCAGCGCAUCUCUCGUCACCAAGGUCUUCAUCCAGAGAGACUACAGCGAGGGGACCAUCUGUCGCUUCCAGACCAAAUUUCCCUCAGAGCUCGACAACAGGAUCGAGCAGACUUUGCUGGAGGAGACGGUGAAGACGCUGAACUCCUUUUACGUGGAGGCUGAAAAGAUCGGAGGCCAGUCGUACAUGGAGGGAUGUCUGGCGUGUGCCACGGCCUACCUGGUCUUCCUCUGCAUGGAGACCCGCUACGAGAAGGUGCUAAAGAAAAUCAGCGGCUACAUCCAGGAGCAGAACGAGAGGAUCUACGCGCCUCGAGGCCUCCUGCUCACGGACCCCAUCGAGCGAGGGAUGAGAGUCCUGGAGAUCAGCGUGUUCGAGGACCGAGGUUCGGGCAGCUCCAGCCCGAGCACCAGCACGUCCUCUGCAGGUCACAGCACUCGGUGACUGGAGGAUCAGCGCCAGGCUUACGGGUACCAGCACAGGGGCAGCGGGACACUCACCAACAUCCGCAUGCUGAAACAUGAGAGCACCAGGUUCUAACACUUCCAGUGCGUCGCGCCGUCUCAAGAACAGGGGCGGACACAAACACACACUGAGGGAAAAUCAAACGUUUCUGUCGAUUCAGUUCACCUUCAUCCAUCAGCAUUGGCCGGGAAAGUUCUCACUGCUGGGUCACUUUAGAGUCGACUGAUCCACAGAUCCAGACGCAGACUACUGUAGCCAGAUUUUUUUCCCCCCGAAUCGAACCAUUAACCGGCAGAUCAGUUGUGUUUGUGUUCAGCCUCCUCUUCCGCUCAUGUUUCCUCCCUGUGACCUGGAGAUCCAACCUGGGGCUGACAGACUGAACACCACCCACAAGUGUACAGAAGAUCAUCCUUGUAUAUUUCAAUUGGACAUUUAUAUCCUGUAACAUUGAUUUAAAAAGAAGUAAAAAUGUGACGUGUUAUUUUUGUGAAGACAAAUCAAGUGAUGAGUGUAAAGGAACAAUAUUUUUAUACGACUUUUUUUGCGAGAUGAUGUUUAAGUGUGUACAGUUGACAUGAUAGUCAGACAUGAAUUGUGUUAAUAGGUGUUAAGGUGUCAGCGGUAUGUUUGAAGCCUGGUGUAUGAAACAAGGUGGAGCAUGGAGGAUGAUCCAGUUACCACAAUACAUGUCGAUCCAGUCUGUUGUUGAGGUCAUUCUUCAGUACAGUGGACUCCCCUCCUGGGGCUGUAGCUGGUGCCUAUCUCAGCGAUGAUGGAGGGCAUGUGAGGGUUGCAGGCGAAUGCAAACCCUCACUCGUGGUGCGAAGGUGCAGGAGGAGACGUUUUGUUCCAGCGACUGCCAUAUGAUGUGUGGGAAUGAGAAGUUGAUGCAGCGUGAUGACAGAGCGCGUGCAAAGCUUGUCCAGUUGAUCCAUCAUGGCCUGCUCAUUAAGUUAAGCGCCUGGGUCUGGAACCUUUAAGAUCACAGAAAGAAGUGAUAUUUCAAAGACAUCAGAGGCGCAAAGCACCUGUAGCGAAAGGUCGCUCUCACACUCCCAAACAGACCUCCUUUCUUCCUCCUCACUUCUGAUAUCAACCUCCCGCCAAGUGUCUGUAACCAAAACAUUCUGCCGUUUUGUUUUGGUUCUCAGACAUUCCUGCCUCCCUCCUCCGAGCAUGUUGCGUUUUUACUUGAGAAGCCAGGAACAGGAAAAACUCCGAUUGACCUCUAUUGAUCGUUUGAAAUGUUUAUUCCGCGAUUGACAACCCGCGGAGCAACCUUAUGCUCCAGAGGAGCUGUGAGUGACGCCAGGCUCUGGAAAAAGGCAGGACCUUCAUUAUGUUGAAGGUUAAAACAUUCUGCUCGCAUGUGAACUUCUCAUCUCAGGAGACGACUCGGUGGACUGACGUUUGACCCACGUCAUGAGGGGUUCUCCAAAACAAGUAUGAGGUCCAGAGAAAUCCCCCUGUCAGAGUGUUCCAUCCAGAGGUGUCAAAAACCUGCACCCACUGAGGGCCUUCCGUGGGUCAGCUGGAGACCGGACUGGACUCUUCUCACAAUAUCAGAAACAUAGAGGCCAGUUGGUGAUUGAAUUUCCAUGUUUUCUAAAUGACCGGUCCUGUGUCCAGUGUGAGCCUGAUGUGUUUGCACUGUGCGCAGCAUCAUCUAUCCCAUAAUCCUCUCAGUGGGUUACAUCAACAUGCCUAGUCCUGGUGACGCAUGAAAAUCUAAAAACUAAAACUAAAUGACUCUGAUAUGGAUCGUUCAUGUUCCACUGUGUAAGGCAUUCCAUCUUGCUAAUUCUGUAAGUGACGCCACGGACCUCUGAGCGAGUCUGUAGCUGCAGAAGUUCCACUCCCGGGUUGAACUUCAAGUCGACAAAAACACCAAAACGUCCCACAGCAGACAGAGGAAUCAUUUGCUGUCAUGCUGAAAAGGUCACGUUCAUUUAUUUUAUUUCAUAGGAACAUUUUAUAAACGACUCUGUCUUUCUUCCUUGAACUUGCGUCGUGGCAAGCGAACACAUCAGAUACCUUUCGACAGUCGAGCCGUGAGCAGAGGGGAUGGAGCGGUCUGUGGCUGUUGUCCGUCCGCUUUCUGUCGAGGUGUAAAAAUGUUCAAGUCUUUGUGGCUUCCACAUUGAGCCAAUAAAGGGCGUAUGCUCGGUGACUCGGAGAGAAAGAUGCGUCAGAUGGCGGGUUGACAACAUGUUGGAGGGCCCAAAACAAUUUAGCUUGAAUUAAGUUAGUCAGCUGUUGCAGUUCAUUAUGGGGAAAUGAAUUAGUCUCUAAGGCGUUACCUCACAUGAUAAUAGCGAGGGUGGGAUGCAGGCCACGGGCCUGACCUUUGACACGCCGCCUCACUCAACACACAUUCAUUCGUCAUCUGUGGCUAUUUCCUGUAUCUGGGACUGGAUUUAGUUUGCAUGUUGCUUUGUGCUCUGAUUGUUUUUGCUUUUAAAUUUGUGUACUUUGAUCUAUUUUCUUAUU